AUGUGUAAGCUGGGAUUUUCGGAUCAGUGGAUCAAACGAAAAUUACAGUGCUUAUCCAGUGUAUCCUUCUCCUUCAAGGUGAAUAAUGAGAUAUGUGUUUCUGUAAUUCCUUCCAGAGGUCUGAGACAAGGCGAUCCUAUUUCUCCAUAUUUGUUCCUUCUGUGUGUCGAUGCUUUCUCUGGCUUACUAUCAAAGGCGACGCAUUAUAAACUCAUACAGGGAGCUAAAAUCUGUAAAUCGGCUCCGAGGAUUUCACAUUUAUUUUUUGCAGACGACAACAUCUUGUUUGCAAAGGCGACUCCUAAUGAAUGUUCUAAAAUAGCUGAAAUAAUCAGUGUGUACGAAAGAGCAUCCGGUCAGAAAGUUAACUUAGAUAAAACGGAGAUUGCCUUCAGUAAAUGUGUUUCUCCUGAGAGACGGUUUACUAUAAUUGGCACAUUGGGGGUCAGGGAGGUCGAUAAGCAUGAGAAGUACCUUGGACUUCCUACUGUUAUUGAUUCUGGUGGGGUACGACGGCUGAUAAAAGGAAGGCUUCAUUGGCAAUCGUGGGAUGCUCUUUGUCGUCCAAAGGCUCUUGGGGGCAUGGGAUUUAGAGAUUUGAAAUGCUUCAAUCUCUCGCUUCUUGCUAAACAGAUAUGGAGGCUACAAUCCAACCCGAAUACAUUGCUGUUCAAGGUACUAAAGGCUCGCUACUUCAAAUACUCGAGUAUAUUGAAGGCAAAUAGGGGGCACGACCCUAAUUACAUUUGGAGGAGCAUUUGGGGUGCAAAGGGGUUGUUCAGGGAUGGAUUGGCGUGGAAAAUUGGCAAUGGUCGAGACGCAAAUAUCUGGUCUGGCACUUGGUUAGUCAAUAACAGGCUUCCUGUUCAUCUUCAGAGGCCCCCAGAGUUUGAUGAAGAGAUGAAGGUAUAUGAGCUGUUGACAGAGGAUGGGCGAAUGUGGGAUGCGAUGAAGGUACGGCAGGUGCUAGGUGAGGAUUUAUGUGGCUUGGUCCUUUCUCUUCCUCUCCUAAUCCAUGAGACAAACGAUACAACCUUCUAG